CACUAUUUCCAGCAGCUGCAUCUGCACGUCAGUUCCGCAAUAGAGCGGCUACACGCAGGAGGGACAUCGCAGAUCAUCGCGAAACUCUUCCCCAACCUCCCAGCCUGAAGGUUUCGGAAACCUAGCUGCAGGCAAGCCCUCUCAAGAUGAUUCCCACGCUCGCGCGCUUCUCGCGGACGACGUACCGCGGCGCCCUCAGCUCUGGGUCGGGCUCAUCGUCCAAGAUGGCAGCGUGCUCCUCGCCCAAGUCGCGCAGUACGCUGCGACAGGACAUCGCGUCCGAGCAAGUAUUCAAGCGCUCGUAGAUGGGCCUCUACCACCUGGAUCAGCUGCAGAACGGGCACAACGUGCCCAAGAGCCUGCAAAAGACGGCGCGGACCUUGGAGCCAAACGUGCAGCGUAAGCGCAUCGAGUCGUGUAUUCUCGGCAGGGUCAUCCAGAUGAAGAUCACGACCAAGGCGAUGCGCUGCAUCAACAAGGCCAUCGGGCUGGGCAAGUACGUUCGCUGCAUGGGCGACAACGCGAUCGGCGUCUUUGGCAGG